UUCAGAGAUGUAUAUGCUUAUGGAGAAACUCGUAGUGAAAGACGUGAUCGUUCCCCUAUUCGCACAAGCCCUAGAAGAGACAGAGACAGCCGAGAUGACAGAGCCUCAAGAACCCUUCGGGAUUCAAGGAAUGGAAGAGAUGGAAGAGAACCCAGAGAUUCUAGAGACUUAAGAGAUACUAGAGAUUUAAGAGAUCCUAAAGAUUCUCGUGAUCUCAGGGAUGCUAGAGAACCCAGGGAUUUCAGAGAUGCCCGUGAUUCCAGAGACUCUAGAGACUUACGUGACCCAAGGGACCUUAGAGAUUCGAGAGAUGCCCGGAGUCUUAGAGAUCCCCGUGAUGCUCGUGAUCUCAGGGAUCCAUUGUAUGAUCGCUACAGAGAUGUGAGAGACCCGUUAUACAGGCGUGAUGAAUCUCUUGAUAAAUACCGUCCUGAUGAUCUUUACCACAAGAGAGAUGACCCUUAUGUGGACCGCUAUCGAGAUUCACUUGAUCGACAUGGGAGAGAAGCCGAAGAUCGCUUGAAGCGUGAAGAUCGCCGUCGGGAGGAAUUGUACAGAAAAUACUAUGAUGAAAUUCAGAGACGCUUUGACGCUGAACGUCCUGUGGAAUGCUCUGUUGUGGUUGUUAACAAACAAUCAAAGGAGUAUGCAGAAGUAGUUGGAAGGAAAGUCCGUGACUUGGGCAUGAUGGUGGAUUUAAUUUUCCUGAAUACUGAGGUGUCCCUGACACAAGCAUUGGAAGAUAUUACCAGAGGAGGCACUCCUUUUGCUAUAGUGGUUACUCAACAGCACCAGGUCCAUUGCUCCUGUACAGUGAACAUCUUGUUUGGCACCCCUCAAGAGCAUCGCAAUAUGCCGAUUGCUGAUGCCAUGAUUCUUGUGGCAAGAAACUUUGAGCGGUUCAAAACUGAAACCCGUGAUAAAGAGCGUGAGACCAUUGCACGUCAAGCAGCCAAAAUGGCAUCAGAAGCAAUCAUGAGGGAACGAGCUCCACCCGUUGAUGAAGGAAUCAGAGGACUCCAUCCUCCAACCAUUCAGGCCAUUUUGGGUCUACUUGCAGAUAACCGAUAUGUUACUGCCGAUGAGAUAGACAAGAUUAUUAUCUACCUUCAUGAUAGAAAGGAAAGAUUGCUGCGUGGUUCCUCAGAACCAUUGCCACCUCAAUUGUCACGACCACCUAUGGGAGUUGCACCUGGUCCUCCCCUAGAAACUCCCAGUAUUUCAAGCAACCCACCUUUGUCAAUGACACAGCCAAUGGCCCCUGCUCAAUCAGCUCCACAACCCAUGAACAACCCCCAGCAGGAGCUUCAAGCAAAAAUUCUCAGUCUCUUCAAUAGUGGAGCAGGUGCUGGAACAAACACGAAUGCCCCCAGUGGUGCUUCUGCUGCUCUAGGAGCUUCUAGUCAAAGUUUUGGGAAUGUACCCAAUACUCAGCAGAGACCUGUGCCAGUAAACCCACUUGGCCAAACACCACAGAGAUCUCAAGUUCCAAUGGGGCAACAUCCAGAUCCAAUGGGACAAGGUGUACCUGGAAGAAAUGUAGCUCCCAGGCAAGGUGGUCCUCCACAAGCCACAACCAUGUAUGGGCAAAUGCAGGCUAGAGCUCCAGUACCUAGCAAUAUUCCCAACCAGCGGGCUCCUGGAUCAGCUGGAAUUAAUUUUGAUAACCCGAGUGUUCAGAAGGCUUUGGACACUCUAAUCCAGAGUGGACCAGCACUCUCUCAUUUAGUGAAUCAGACAUCAGGGCAUGCUGGCCGUGGAGGACCACUGCCACCACAUUCUGCCAUGGGACCAUAUCAGCGUCACUAUUAGCCAUGUUGCAUGUUUUACUGUCCAUAUAGUGAUACAUUUUUAGUUAAUUUCUGGUAUUUGAGGAGCAGUUGUACAUAUUUUUAUAUAAAUAUAUAUAUGCACCCUCUCAGAGUGACAGUCAUCUGGGUUGUAUACCUAAUAAUUGUUCCUGUGACCAAAUUUUGGGUCUCCUGAGACUUUCAGGUUUUUUUUCCCCUUCAUUUUUGUUAGCAAUAGAAUAUAGUUAGUGGAAUGUUUGUGAACAUUUACCUGUUAACGGUCUUGUGUAUUAAUUUUCUUAUUGAAAUUGUUUUUUUGUUUUGAAAUAACUUUUUAAGUAAAUGUGUAAUCCACUAUA